UGGCUUUAGACUCGUAGAUUGAUACUUCGCGGUCAAUUAAUAUGUAGUUAGUUUAAUGUGUUGGUGUUAUAAUAGACGUCCAAAGUGUCAGAGGCUUAAAAGCGCAUCUGCUUUACGGGUUGAGUGCAGGCAAAGAAACACCGACUGUCUCUUGGAGAGGAAGGUUUUCUAGCAUUGUUUCUAUUGAAGACUUUGUUGGCAUUUUGCAACCAGUGAAUUUUUUCAGAAAUCAUUUUCCGCCUCACGCCCUCAGACCUGAGACAGGCAGAGUGUCAGAGACAGGCAGAGGAGGGAAUAGGGAGGAGCAGGCACGACUGGCAUCUGUGGCCUCCGAGGACUUCAGCAUGUAAACGCGGCGCAGGGACAGUGAGUUUAGAUAGAGGCGAUUAAACCAGCGAAGCGGAGGCAGCGUCUGACUGGAACACGCAGUAGCUGCCCAACAGGCCUCCAGGCUGCACCGCACCAUGACGUCCACCAUGAGCGCCUACGAAGACCCAGACGCAUCACUGUACACCAGGCAGAGCUACGCGGUGUCGGUCCCACAGCCGGCCUAUGAAGAGCUGGACGCCUCCGAGCCGUUCUACGAGGACCUGGAUGCGUUGAUGCCUGCUGUCACAGGUCAGCCGGAGGUCCAAUCCAAGCCCGUCCCUCGUCCCAGGUCCAAGGUUCUACUAGCAGCACCAUGCAUCAACGACCACGGAGCAGGCGACUCUGAGGACAAAACCAAUGAGAUUACCCAGAAUGCCGAGGUUCCUCCGGACUAUAAGAGGCCUCUUCCUGUUCGUCGUCCUCCAGAACCACCAGUGAGCAAAUAUCUGAGCUCCAACACACCACAGGCAACUGAAAACCAAUACACCAGUUCUCAGCCCAGGGUGAAGCCUCCAGCCGUCUGCAGCCAGCGAACGCCCGACCCUCCUUCCCGGCCGGAGCGCCCUCCUCUGCCCAUCUACUACGGCAGGAUAACGUCACACAAGGGGGAAACGGGGCCACAGCCUAAGGUAGAGUCUGUGUACGCAAUAAAGGAGUGUGAACCAGCCACACGUUCAUCGACCAGCUCCAAUCUAGAACUGCCGCCAUCAUUCCCCCCUGAAGAAGGGCUGAAGCUCAACGGGACGUACGCAGACACGGGCACAGAGAAGAAGCCUGUGGUUCCGCCUCGACCCAGGCAGCCGUCGCCUUUGAGACAAACACCACCGCCUCCAUUAUCACGUCCACCCUCGCUGGUCAAGGAGCCGGAUGAAGCUCCGUACCUGGAAAUCCUGCCCAGCGAAACCACGGCGACACAGAGGAGGUCCACACUUCGCCCUGAACCGACCAGGCUGAGUCAACGGAGUCAGAGCAAAGAGGACACGGAGGAAGUCUUGUCGAUGCUGAGAUGGUUGAAAAAAGUCUCGAGAUCUGAUUACAUGAUGCCGUCAGUGUACGGCCUCAGCUUAGAGGAGGAAAUCAGGUCCUUCGAGCUCAGGGCCGCCAACGUGAGCAAGGCCCUGCGCCUCUUCAACAUCCUCAUGAUGAAGCGCAAUGACAAAAUGCGGACGAUUCUGGCGGAGUUCACCUCCAUCUCCGACGGCGUGGACAAGCUGCAGAAGAAGAACAAAACCAUGGGCAUCGCUGGCGGCACCGCGGGCGCAGUGGGCGGCGUGACCGCCGUGGUGGGCAUCGCUUUGGCCCCUGUGACGCUGGGGGCCUCGCUCAUCGCUACAGCGGUCGGCGCCGGCAUGGUGGCGUCGGCCGGGGGCAUGGGAGCCCACACCGCCAAGGCCAACAAGAAGAUAGUGAGCAGGUGCACUGUGGAGAAGCUGGUCAGCGACUACGAGGCCAACGUGGUGGAGCUGGAGCACUGCCUGGAGUUCAUCGUCUGUGGGAUGAACGAGCUGCGCCGGCACGACUUGGCCCGGCUCCAGAGGGCCGGCGCUCAGCUGGAGGCCGUGAGGACGGCUCACCUGUCCCAGUCUGUGUUCAACAGCGCCAACAGCAACGCGGCCGGGACCUCGUCCCACAAACUGCUGCUGUCUUUUUCCAAAGAAAUGGACCAGUAUUUCACGGAAAAAGACAACCAGAAGCUGAAGAAGCUAAACAAGAGCAAGUUCUCGGGCAGGGUCCGUCUGCUGGCUCAGAACCUGCAGGACGACCUGGACCACAUGAACUACAUGUGGGAGCAGUUUACCUGAAACUGUGUAUAAAUGAAUAUUUAAUAAACAGCUAUGUAACCCGAAAGAGGCCUGUGUAGCCCACUAUUGUGGGUUUAAAGUAAUAAUAAUAAUAACAAUUAAACUAAAAAUAAUUUCAGUGACUACAGACCUGUGGCUCUGACCUCUGACAUCAUGAAGGCUUUUGAGAGACUGAUUCUGGACGUUCUCUGGUCAAACCCUCAGUCGACUCCCUCCAGUUCACAUAUCAACCCUAUCUAGGAAUGAUGACGCCAUCAUACAUCUGCUCCAUCGCACCUACAACCACCUGCAGCCUGGCGCCUCAGUGAGGAUCAUGUUCUUUGGUUUCUCCAGUGCAUUUAACACCAUCCUCUCCUGCUGGCAGACAAACUGAAGGACAUGCAGGUGGAGCCCCUCUGAGCUCAUGGAUCAUGGACCACCUCACCAACCGCCCCAGGACGUCCGCCUGCAGAACUGUGUGUCUGACACCAUGGUCUGCAGCGCAGGAGCUCCACAGGGGACGGUCCUGUCUCCUUCCUCUUCACCCUCUACACCUCAGACUUCAGGUACAACUCAGUCCUGUCAUGUCCAGAAGUUCUCUGAUGACUUUACUAUUGUAGGACGUAUCCAGGGUGGUGAUGUCACAGAGUACAUGUACCAGGGAGAGGUGGACAGCUUUGUGGACAUGUGGACAGAACCACCUCCAACUGAAUCAGUAAAACUAAGGACCUGGUAUUAGACUUUAGGAAAUCUGGGAGUGCUGUCACCACUCUCAUUAUCAAAAAUGAAGAGGUGGAGGUGGUGACUGAAUACAAAUACCUGGAAGUGUACUUGAACAAUAAACUGGACUGGAAAAAGGACUCCUCAGCUGUGAACCAGUAGGCUGAGAGCAGGAUGUACUUUCUGAGGUUCACCCUCCAUGCUGAGGAUGUUCUAUGAGUCUGUCCAGUGUUUUAGGCUGUGGUCUGUGGGGCAGCAGCAUGAAUGUAGCAGACUGGACCAAGUGAUCAGGAGGGCUGGUUCUGUUGUGGGGGUGGAGCUGGACCCCUACAUGCUGUAGCUGAGAGGAGGAUGCUGGUCCAACUCCUCUCUAUAGACAACACCUCCACCCCCACACAGUGUGUGACUGGACAGAGGAGCACCUUCAGCCACAGCUGAUCAGUAUUAGGUUCUCCACAGAACGCCAGCGGAGAACCUUCCUACCGGUGCCAUCAGUCUGUACAACUCCUCCUCUGUCUGUGAGGGUUGAUCUUCAUCAAUAACAUGUAUAAUAAAACUGUAGCUAGUAAGUAGAUGGAAUUAGACAAUAGUAAUUAGACUUGACGUGUGUAGAUGUAUUAGCAUUCUAAGCCCCCGUCCUUCCUGAGUGUACCUUCAUCUGUGACAGCGAUCAAAAUUUCCCCCUGGGAUUAAUAAAGUUUUUUGAAUCUUGAA